AUGGGCAAGUCGGAAAGCCAGAUGGAUAUAACUGAAAUGAACACUCCAAAACCAAAGAAAAAACUGCGAUGGAGCGCCCUCGAAAUAGGGCUAGUUGUUGUAGUGAUUCUCCUAACUAUUAUAUCUAUCACAAUGAUAGCUCUGUAUGCAACAUAUGAUGAUGGUGUUUGCAAGUCUUCAGACUGUAUAAAAUCAGCAGCCCGAAUCAUUGAGAAUAUGGACACUACUGCAGAACCUUGUAAAGAUUUUUACCAAUAUGCCUGUGGAGGAUGGUUAAAGAAGAAUGUCAUUCCAGAGACCAGCUCCCGUUACAGCAACUUUGACAUUUUAAGAGAUGAACUAGAAGUUGUUUUGAAAGACGUCCUUGACAGGGACAACAGUAAUGACAUAGUGGCAGUGCAGAAAGCAAAAACUCUGUACAGAUCAUGUAUAAAUGAAACUACUAUUGAUAGUAAAGGUGGAAAACCUUUAAUCAAUAUAUUGCCACGGGUGUCUGAAUGGCCUGUAGCAACAGAUAACUGGGACUCUGCAUAUGGUGCCAGUUGGACAGCUGAAACAGCUAUUGCACAACUGAAUUCACAAUAUGGGAAAAGGGUCCUUAUUAAUUUUUUUGUUGGCACAGAUGAUAAGAACUCCACAGCGCAUAUCAUUCAUAUUGAUCAACCUGGGCUUGGUCUGCCUUCUCGCGACUACUAUGAAUGUACUGGUGCAUAUAAGGAGGCGUGUUCAGCCUAUGUGUCUUUCAUGAUUUCUGUGGCUAAGCUAAUUCUCCAAGAAAAAAAUCUCACCAUCAAUGAAAGCCAGAUUUCUAAAGAAAUGGAAAGAGUUAUGGAUCUGGAGAUAGAGAUUGCCAAUGCUACAACUAAACCUGAAGACAGAAGCGAUCCAGUUCUGCUGUACAAUAAAAUGACAUUAACAGAACUCCAAAAUAACUUCUCUUUGGAGAUCAUUCAUAAGCAAUUCAACUGGUCAGAAUUCAUAAAUAAUAUAAUGUCAACUGUGAAAAUUAAUGUCGAGAAUGCAGAAGAUGUGGUUGUUUAUGCUCCAGAAUAUCUAACCAAACUAAAGCCUAUUCUUAAUAAAUAUACUUCCAGAGACAUUCAAAAUUACAUGAUUUGGCGAUACGUAAUGGAUCUUGUAAACAGUCUAAGCCGUAACUACAAGGACACAAGGAAUGCUUUUCGUAAGGCACUUUAUGGCACAACAUCAGAAACGGCUGUUUGGCGGCGCUGUGCAAACUAUGUCAACGGCAAUAUGGAGAAUGCAGUGGGACGGCUGUAUGUAGAGGAAGCAUUUGCUGGAGACAGUAAACAUGUGGUUCAAGAAAUGAUUACACAAAUCCGUGAGGUUUUUAUAACAACGUUAGAUGAACUCACCUGGAUGGAUGCAGAAACCAAAAAGAAAGCAGAACAAAAAGCUACAGCAAUUACAGAGAGGAUCGGCUAUCCAGAUGAUAUCAUAACGGAUAACAAUAAACUGAAUAACGAAUACCAAGAUCUGAACUACAAAGAGGAGGAGUACUUUGAGAACAUCAUUCAAAGUUUGCUAUUUAGCCAAAGCAAGCGGCUGAAGAAGCUCAGAGAAAAGGUGGACAAGGAACAGUGGAUAAGUGGGGCUGCUGUCGUCAAUGCCUUUUAUUCUGCAAGCAGGAAUCAGAUAGUCUUCCCUGCAGGCAUUUUGCAACCACCUUUCUUCAGUGCCUCUCAAUCCAAAUCACUGAAUUAUGGUGGCAUUGGUAUGGUCAUUGGCCAUGAAAUCACUCAUGGAUUUGACGACAAUGGUAGAAAUUUUAAUGAAAAUGGGGACCUCAUGGACUGGUGGACGCAAGAAUCAGCACAACAUUUUAAGGAUCAGUCCCAGUGUAUGGUAUACCAGUAUGGAAACUUUUCGUGGGACCUAGCAGGUGGAAAACAUCUGAGUGGAAUCAAUACUCUGGGAGAAAACAUUGCUGAUAAUGGGGGUGUUAGACAAGCUUAUAAGGCCUAUGAAAACUUUGUAAAAAAAAAUGGAAAAGAAAAACUGCUUCCCGGGCUUGACAUGAACCAUAAGCAGCUGUUCUUCCUGAACUUUGCACAGAUAUGGUGUGGAACGUACCGUCCAGAAUAUGCUGUCAACUCCAUUAAAACUGAUACGCAUAGCCCAGGCAAAUUCAGGGUCAUAGGAUCAUUGCAGAACUCUGCAGAGUUUACCGAGGCCUUUUCAUGCACCACGACAGAGUACAUGGACCCUGCAAAAAAGUGCCGUGUUUGGUGA